AUGGCAAGCCUUCUUCCGCUACUCAGAAAAGGAUCCAGUUGGAAAUGGGGAGAAGAACAGCAGAUGGCACUUGACAAAAUCAAAGCGUGUCUAACACACCCGCAUAUAAUGCGCCCACCGAUUCCGGAGGAACCUUUAUACCUUUAUGUGGCAAACACAGAUAAAGCAAUAGGCACGAUGCUCGUCCCAGAUAUGGGGAAUGACAACCUAACCCCGAUAUAUUAUAUAAGCAAAGCACUAAAGGAUACGGAGUUACGUUACUCAACAGCGAAAAAGGCGUGUCUCCCUCUAGUUCUAGCAGCACAAAAACUGAGACAUUAUCUACUAGCACAUCAAACAUAUGUAGUGUCCUCAGGAAAUCCGAUAGCUUACUUUUUCGCGACUACUAUCCCGUCAGGACGAAUGGCCCGCUGGUCAGUGCACCUCUUUGAAUUCUCCCUUCAACCAGCAAAACCUAAGGGGAUCUGGGGUCAAGCCAUCGCAGACUUAUUGGAAGCUUUCCCAGGGUGUGCAACAACUCCUCUUCACGAAGACAUCCCCGGAGAAAUAACCAUGGCAGAAGAAUUCAAGCUGUGGUCACUUUAUUUCGACGGAUCAUCACAUGGGGACAAAGGAGGUGCAGGAGUCGUUCUAAUUACCCCGGAUGAUGAAUUGAUAUCUAAAGCAUUCAAACUCGACUUCCCAUGCACACAUAACGCUGCUGAAUAUGAAGCUUUCCUUUUGGGUUUGAAAAUCUCCAGGGACCUCGGAGCUCGAAACAUUGAAGUUAAAGGGGACUCUCAUAUAUUAAUACAAAAAAUGUUAGGGGAAUUCAGUGUUAAAGAACCGACGUUGGAAGCAUACAGAGAUAAAGCCCAGAGAUUAAUCGUAGAAUUUGAUAAUGUGUCACUCGCUCAUAUGGGCAGAACGUCUAAUAAACAUAUUGACGCCUUGUCCACUUUAUCAUCUAGUCUGCAGAUGAUAAACGUGACUGAAGAAACCAUCACGGUGAUAAAAAACACACUCCCAUCAACUUGGUUAGAGGACGUCAUUUUUGAGGAGGAGGACGACUGGCGACGCCUAAUCCUAAAGGACCUUAAACAGCAACCUGAGGACCGACAUUUACCGUGA